AUGUUCCCUAUUUCAGCAAAUCUUCCACGGUCAUGUGAAGAAUGGUGGAGUGCUCGAAGCAAUCGCACCCGAUUACCAGUUGCUGGAAAGAACGUCACAAUCGACUUGGACGGUGGUGGUGCCCAUGGAAACCGAUGGCAUAGUAGUCAUGUAGCAUAUCAGCUGCCUAGACAGAUUGCCACUAUCCUGGAGCACGACCUCAAGCGACCGAUAUUUGUUACUGGCGAUAAUAAUCCAGGUAUCGUACGAAAAGCUCUCCUAUACGGAGUUUCCACAGAGCAAAUGGAUCGUCUAGUUGAGGGCUUCGAAUCAUGUUCACAGUACAUGCGUUUUUCGUGUCGUGGUGGCGCUCGUCUGAUGACCCAAGGUGACGAACGAUCACCGUCGUCUUGGUAUGCCACAAGGUCCGACAAGCACGGUCUUCCAGUGGGGUGA